CGAGUCGCUUGUUCCAUUCUGAGAGGACGAGGAAGUGUGUGACGAAAAUUCAGCAGUACAGGUCUGACAACUCACAAUGAGAACCUGAUUUUUCAGCUGCAGCUGUGAAUCUGUGGCACUCUCUCACAGACAGACGCCAGUUCCGCAGCUGAGGCUGCAGCAGUCACAGUGCGCGAGCUCUCACUCCGGGAAAAUAGCACAGUGCGCGCGCUCAUUCUCACCAUCUGCAGUCGCGCUUAAAGCUCCGCGAAGCGUGUGUGCGUGCAUCUGGGACCAGACAAAAACGAAAAAUGUGCACGCACAGCGCGUUGGCAGAGACGGAGUGGAAAACUGCGGAAUGGUGAAGUUGCAACAGCAGUAGCAGCCGUGCGUGACAAUGCAUCGGAUAGUGCAGAGGAGGCGUGCUGGGCCGCUCCGCUCCGCGUGGUCGCUGCUCGCUGCCGUGGCGCUCGCGCUCGCCGCCUCCAGCGCCGUUUUCACCGCGUGGACGUGGCGACAAACCCGAGACCUGACCAGGUCCGUCCAAAAUCUGCGCGACCGCUUGGAUCAGGUGAAUUUGCAGCGCAAGGCUAUUGUCCAGCUUUUCCUGGAGAAGAGGGAGCUGCUGGAGAGCCUGCGAGUGAAGAGAGAAGUUGGAGGGGCAAAAAGAAAAAAUGGAAAUGGAAGGAAGGUGGCCUCUCACUUCGAGACUGGAGGGGCAAAAGGAAGAUACGGAAAUGGAAGGAAGGUGGCCUCUCACUUUGAGAUAACCAAAGAUUCAUUCAAAACAGUGGGGAAUGAGGGAAUCAUUAAAGGAUGGACUGAGCAGUACCUGAAUAUGACUCAAGCUGUGGAGUAUAACACAGAGACGGGCACUUUUAAAGUAGUUCGGAGGGGUGUCUACUUCCUUUACUGUCAAGUGCAUUUCAGUGAGCAAAAGAGUCAGUAUGUGAAGCUGGAAGUGACUGUCCCUCAGGGCCCCUCACUUCAGUGCAUAGAGGGAUACAGCACCACUCCAACCACAGGUUUUAAACAGUUCCACUUCCUGAAGCCGUGCCAGGUUUCUGGCCUCCUGCUUUUAGAGAAAGGCGCCGAGCUCAAGGCUGUGACCGGAAGUGAUUUCAGCCUGAAGGACUCAGGCAAACAUUACUUCGGCCUCUUCAAGGUGAAUUAGUGGAUCAGCCCCACAGUUCAGCCUCAUUGACUGCAUCAUUUUUUGGAGGUCUACCACAGUCGAUACUCACUGGCUGGACGAACCAUUGUUGGUUCUUUUGUUAAACAAGUUAAACAUCUGUCUUUUUGUUUGUUUUUUUGUUUUUUUAAUCUGACACAUUUGAUAGGGUCCCUGCAGUCAUGGAGAAUGGCUGCAACCAAGGCAUGGAUGUUUCAAGAGGCACCUGGAAGUAGUUGAAAUAAUGACUGUACACAUACUGGUGCCCUAAAUAUGGCACUAAUCAGGAUGGUAAAGACUAGGAGACCAUGACUGCUGGACAGUUACAGUGGAUCUUUUUUGGAUUGCCCUGGUUUGGACAUAAGGGUAUAAACACUGACUUCACCAACUGUGCUUAAACAUUUACUUGUAGCCUGAUAAGGACAUAGUUCCAAACACAUGGCUGCCUUCCCUAAACAGUGGCAUGGGCAGGUUGAAUGGAAGAUUCAGUGUUGGUGUUGUUAAGUCUGGACACUAAAAGGUGCACAUGUGAAUUUCAUCAUUGAUUGUUAGGUUGGAUCAAAUAUUUGCUCUGACUAACAUACAGUUGUCAUUGGAUCAGUUCAACUUUGAAAAUAUUGAUUUACCAAAUACACACCAAGUAGUACUCCUUAUAUGUCCUUAUUAUUGACCUUCACAUACACUUCAACUGAAGCUUUAAGUGCCUAGUAUAUUGUGAUAUAUUUUUUUAUAUGAUUGUGAAAAUAUAGUAUAGAUUGCCAUGAAGUGGUGGUAUGCUAACAACUUACAGUACUGCACUUCCAUGUGUUCAUUGCUAUAGAUAAAUCUUGUAACAAAGUCACAAUAUACCUAUGUUGUUGUUUUUAAAAAAUACAAUGCACAUUCAAUUCUUAAAGUUUUUUUUAUAGGUAAAGUUACAGAUUUUAUACCAAGUUUAUUGCAUUUAAUCUCACUGGUUAAUCAUGCGUGAAACAACUUUUCAUUUUAAACAACGUAUGUCAAUGUCUCUUGGGCUUAAGACUACCAUAAAAAUGAGAGUUUAAUUAGGUCUGAAAUGGAAUGUUUGCCAUUUUAAAUGCACAUUGUGCUGAUUGGAUUUCCUAAUCAUACCCCAGCUUCCCUUUUGUAUAUCUGCAGCCCAUUGUUUCCCCAUGCCCUCGACUCUCACUUCCUUUACCCGUUGUAGUAAAUAGCCGAAAAAACAUGGAGAAGUAACAUAUUCCCAUUUGUCUCCCCAAUCUAGUCCUUCCCCCUUCUUCCUCUUGCCAUUUUUCUUUAUUUCCACUUUUUGGGGUUGCUCCUUGCACACAAUCCACAUUUGGAUUGCUGCAGGGGUUUCUGCUGUUCGGAAACGGCGUCCAAGAUAAACUCGUCUGGGUUGAGGUGAAGUGUGGAAUGGCUGUGUGUGUGUGUGUGAAUGUAAAUGCACGAUCAGGGUAACUGCAAUGGCAGUUAAAAUUUCACAGCUCUUUAGCCUGAAUCUGAAUUAAUAUGUACAUGAUGUACUUUUUAAUUUGAUGGAUCUUAAAUGAUCUCUUUGACCAUUAAAAAUCUAGUUGACUGAACCAAAGCCAAAAUGAAAACAGAGCCAGAGAGUUCAUAAGGGCCAAACUGAAUGUGUGUGAGAAGUUGCAGUUUCUAUAUGUUAUAACUGUCAUACAUUGAUUUUACACAAUAAAUAAGGUUAAAAAAAGUGUGGCAAAAAUG